AUGGCAGGGAACCUCCUCUAUUUGAAUUUGUCUCGAAACCAUCUAAAUGGAGUCCUUCCGAUGAAAAUUGGCAACUUGAAACAUUUGGACACAUUAGAUGUCUCGGGAAAUAUUUUGGACGGUGAAAUCCCCAAUAGUCUAAGCAAUUGUGAUGAACUGAGAAUACUAAGAAUGCGAGAUAACCUUUUCCACGGGUCCAUUCCUCAACCACUUAGCUCAUUAAAGAGCAUUGAGGAAUUAGAUCUCUCCAACAACAGCUUCAUUGGUGAAAUUCCAAAGUUCCUGGAAGCAUUUCAAUUUUUGGAAGAGCUGAAUUUAUCCUACAAUCGUUUGGAGGGCUUGCUACCAACUCAAGGUGUCUUUAGGAAUGUGAGUGCGAGUUUUGUUGCUAGAAAUGAAAAGCUUUGUGGGGGAAUGCCUGAAUUUGAGCUCCCUAAGUGUGUCUCUCAAAAUUCCAAAAACAAAGGAGGAGUCCACAAGUUGAAACUCAUUGCCACCAUCCUUUUUGGUCUUCUUGGAAUAACUCUCGUUGUCACUUUCAUAUAUCUAUGUUGGUUGAAGAUGAAGAGAAACAAGCCAAUUUCAAGCUCCUCAGAUGAUUCUAUGUUGAAUCUAUCUUACGGAGCUAUCCUAAAAGCAAAUGAUGGUUUUUCUUCAACUAAUUUGAUUGGAGUCAGAAGUUUUGGAUCCAUCUACAAGGGGUUGCUCCAGGAGAAUGGAAUUGCCAUUGUAGUGAAGGUGCUUAAUUUAACACGGCAUGGUGCUCUCAAGAGCUUCAAAGCUGAGUGCGAGGCUUUAAAGCGUACAAGACACCGAAAUCUUCUGAAAGUCUUGACAGCAUGCUCAAGCAUUGAUUAUAAGGGUGGUGAGUUUAAGGCUUUAGUUUACGAGUUCAUGGUCAAUGGCAGCCUAGAUGAGUGGCUGCACCCAAAUCUAGCUCCAAAUGAUGCGGAUGGGCAUUCCAAGAAAUUGAGUCUCCUCCAAAGGAUAAACAUUUUCAUUGAUGUUGCUUCGGGUGGAAUUGAAGCAAAUAGUGAGGAAGAAGGAGAGAUUGUUGAGAAUGAGGAGUACCUGGAGGAGGAACCUGAAGAGGACCUUGAAGAAGAACUUGAAGAGGAGUCGGAGGAGGAUCCCAAGGAUGAUAUGAAGUAUGACCUAGAUGAAGAUUGA